CUUGGCGCACUUUUUUCGCGGUCUUGUCGUUUUGACAAUUCUCAAUCUAUGUGUUGUUUCGUUCGUUAUUGUCGUUUCUUCGUCACAAUUAGGUGAAUUUCUUACACGUGUUAAGAGAUAUUUGCAAAGAUACUAACAUUUAUAGUAUUUUUCUACUAACUUAUGGUGACAAUAAUCAUUAAAUAAAAAAAGGAAAAUUUAGAAGCUUAUGCUUAUUAUUGUUAUAAAGCAUGGAUACUGAAAAAGUAUUGUGUCCAAUAUGUGGCAAAAAUUUUGCUUUCUCUAUUAUUGAAUCUCAUGCUAGUAAGUGCUUAUUCCUGAAUGAAUCUGUGAAAAAUGAAACCACCAUUUUUCUGAAAGACUCAAGUCCUGUAAAUAAAAAGAAUAAGUUCAAACCAGUGCAAAGAUCUAAUCAAGUGAAGAGGAAGAAUUCUUUGGAUCAGUUUUCUUCACAAAGUUUUCAAAAGAAUGAAGAGGAUGUUAAAGAUGUCAUGCCACAGAAAAAUACAAACAACGAGUGCAAGAAAUUGCGCGGGAAUGAACGUACACCUCUUGCAGAACAGAUGAGGCCCACAUCACUGUUGAACUUUGUCGGCCAGAAACACAUUCUUGGACCACACACUAUGCUCGCAGAGCUCCUGCAAAAAGGAGAGAUACCUAACAUGAUACUUUGGGGUCCACCCGGAUGUGGCAAAACGUCCCUGGCUAACGUUAUCGCACACAUAUGUAAGAAUGACGUGAACCGUAAGCUUAGAUAUGUUAAGCUCUCCGCAGCAAUGGCUGGCGUGCAAGAGGUAAAGGAAGUCAUCAGCAUCGCUGCCAAUCAUAUCAAAUUUGCGCAGCGUACGAUAGUGUUCAUGGAUGAGAUACAUAGGUUUAACAAGAUGCAGCAAGACGUGUUCUUGCCGCAUGUUGAAUCCGGAACCAUCACCCUGAUCGGUGCCACUACAGAAAAUCCCUCAUUCAGCUUGAACUCUGCAUUACUGAGCCGAUGCAGAGUGAUCGUUCUGCACAAAUUGUCUGUCGUGAACUUGGUGUCGAUCUUGAAACGUGCGGUAAUUUCACUCGAAGGUAUCAUGCACACAUCAGAGAAAAAUGAAAAUACUUUGCAACCCGCCAGUGAAGAAAGCACGUCAAAGGAAGACAAGAUCGAAACAGAACUGUCCUGCGGUAUAAAGUUUGUUAUAGACGAACCGACGAUAGAAUGGUUGGCUGGAACCUGCGACGGUGAUGCUCGAAUAGCCCUAGGAGGACUGGAAUUGGCUGUGCGAUCUAAGGCACCGAAUGAAGAGAACUUAUUAGACGUUGAUUUGCCUAUAAUAACGCUGAAAGAUGUCGAGGAGAGCUUAAAGAAGUCGCACAUGCUUUAUGAUAAAAAGGGCGAUCAACAUUACGAUAUGAUCUCCGCGUUGCACAAGUCGGUCAGAGCCAAUGAUGAAAACGCUGCACUUUACUGGCUGACCAGAAUGAUUUCCGGUGGCGAAGAUCCGGUUUACAUCGCGCGAAGAUUAGUCAGGAUGGCUAGUGAAGAUGUCGGCUUAGCUGAUCCAAAAGCUCUUGGAAUAGCAGUGCAUACAAUGCACGGUUGUAAAAUGAUAGGAAUGCCGGAAUGCGAUGUUCUUUUGGCGCAAUGCACGACAUAUCUGGCAAGAGCUCCCAAAUCCAGAUUAAUGGAGGAUGCACUUAGAGCUGCGCAAAAAGUGGUAGCCGAGCACAAAGGUCCGCAGCCAGGAGUGCCUUUGCAUUUGAGGAAUGCCCCUACAAGACUUAUGAAGGAUUUGGGGCACGGCAAGGGAUACAAUAUGAAGAACAAGGAUGAAUCUGGAUUAAAUUAUUUGCCAGAGGGAUUGGAAAAUUUGGAUUUCUUUGGAGAUGAGGACGAUACCAUGUAAAAAUACUGUGGUCGUUGCUUCAUACUUCACACAAGAUAUAUUUUAGCAUUUUAAUGUUGUAUUAUAAUAAGGUAUAAUUUAU